UAUCGGGGACUGCUCGGGCUUUUCCGGUCCCAGUCGGAAUCCGAGCCCCUGAUUGUUUACGCGACAGGCGCAUCAGUCCGGUGUUUGCGGCUCGGAGCUGUUUUUAUUCGGUUUUCCUCCAACAGGUGAACUAACCGGAGUGACCUGCUGCUGACAUGGACUCCGCCAACCAGCUCGCGUCUGUGGGAACAUUUCAGGUGCUCAAAUUACCUCUGGGAUUUAUCCGUGUUUUGCAGUGGCURUUUGCCAUCUUUGCCUUUGCGACAUGUGGGGGCUACUCGGGGCAGCUGCGGGUCAGUGUGGACUGCAUGGAGAAGGCCAGCAGCAACCUGAGCAUCKCCAUUGACUUUGCUUAUCCUUUCAGGUUGUACCAAGUGUCGUUUGAUGCGCCAGCAUGUGAGGCCAUGAGGAGGGAGCGGGUUUUUCUCGCCGGAGACUUUUCUUCCUCUGCUGAAUUCUUUGUCACUAUUGCUGUUUUUGCCUUCCUGUAUUCCCUGGUGGCCACUGUGGGCUACAUAUUUUUUCUAAAUAAGUAUCGUGAAAACAGCCAAAGACCCCUCAUUGAUUUUGUAGUGACCGUAGUGUUUUCCUUCAUGUGGCUGGUCAGCUCCUCUGCGUGGGCCAAGGCCCUGUCUGAUGUGAAGGUGGCCACCGAUCCAGAUGAGGUGCAGCUCCUAAUCCCUGCCUGCAAAAUCCAAACUAACAAGUGUGGCUCCAUACAUGGACCUCGCUGGUCCGGGCUCAACACCUCGGUGGUGUUCGGGUUUCUCAACUUCGUCCUUUGGGCUGGAAACAUCUGGUUUGUGUUCAAGGAGACCAGCUGGCACAAGGGUUCUUCAAGACUCACAGGCGGUGCCUCUGAGAAACAAGCCGGCACCUUUGCCCAGCAGCCUUACAACCAGGGAAGCUUUGACCAGUCAGGGAGUUACAACGCCCAGGGAAACCUGGACCAGCCGUCUGAAUACAGCCAGGUGGGGGGUCCCACCUCCUACUCCAAUCAAAUGUAGCCGUGCUCGUCCUUUAGUGAGUGGCACCUCUGCGUCUGUAGACAAAUGCAAUCAGAAGCUAAGUAAUGAGAAAUAUGGAAGGUUUGUCAUCUGUUGACUCAAACAAAUGAAAAAGUACAAGCUCUUUCAGGGUACAUUCAUCACAGAUAUGAGUAUUGUUGGGUAUUAUAAAAAAAUAGAUGUAGUCUUUUACUCCUUCCACCUUGUACUUGUUGAAUAUUGUAUUUCUAGUACUUUAAAACCCAUUAGUGACAAUUUCUCUGUGUUUGAAUAUUGACAUACACUGUUUUGACCAGAUGUCUUUCCUAACCUAGUUUGCACUCCGUAUCUGAGGAACAAAGUGCUCUUCAUCUAAGUUUUAAAGUGCAUGAUGUUGUACUGUUUGUGUGCUACUACAGUAAGCUCUCAGUGAAAAGAGGUUAAAAAAAACAUGCAUUUUAACUUGUGAAAGUUUACAUAUUUGUCUCUGCUCUGACACAUCACUGAUAAAUUAUCAGGUAUUACAUCCUUUUUUUCAAUCUUAACAGGGAACACGUUUUGAUAAUGAUUAUGUCGAAUUCCAAUAGAAAUCAGAAAAUAAUUUGAAGAUGUAACAGUUUUGUUUGUCGCAUUUUAAUAUUUCUUAACUGACAUUUUGUUUUUCAAASAGUUUCAGUCCACAAAUUUAAAAAUAUUAUUUAAAAAAAAGAACUUUCCAAAAGUAUUCCGCAAAACAUGCCACACAGGAUUUGUGCAAGAAAAGAAAAAUGUAUAUGCAACCACUGCAGCCUGCAGUUUCCAUAUCUUUACCUUGCACAGAUUCCAUUUGCAUUGUUGUACGUGAAUGGCUUUUGUGUGUGUGUGUGUGUGUGUUCAAGAAGCCACCGUGGCUGUUUUCUAUGCCUCCCUGAGACUGCUGUGAAAUUAUAAAAAUCAGUUCUGCUUUUCUACAGCAUGUUUAGAGCAUCUAUAUAUUGUUAAAGCCCAGCAAAAGCACAAAAGUACCACGGUUGUAAUAGAAAAAUAUGAAAACAUGGGUUUAUCUGUACACAAGUAACAGUAUUCAGUUUAUAUUAUAAAAAAUAUGUGUAGUUCAUGUAUAAAGUUAUUGAAUGAAAAUCACUCGGUUAUUGUUAAUUUAAAACAACUCAACAUCCCCAGCCCUGUGUUUUUGACCCUCUGUKCCUGUCUGCAUUUGUGUAAUAAGUGAACAUUCAUGUCUCGUAAAGUUGUCUGCCGCUGGUGACUGAUAUGUACAGGUUCAUGAUGUUAUUUUGCAGGAMGCCACAAUAUUAAAGAUGUACAUACUUG